GUCAGUCAGAGAGUAGUCACUCUAGUCAGUAAUAAUGAAACAGUUUCUAAGUUUGCUCACAGCUCUACUCUUUUUAAGUCCCAUUAUUGGCGAGGACGUUGAAAAGAAGCCAUACAAUGAGAAUAGGGAACGGUAUAGCUCCUCCACAGUGGGCUUGUUAAAGCUGUUGGAACUAGAGAUGCAGUUUAUAGAGAACCUGAAAAACUACACAGAUCUACUGUCCGCUAAAGCUAAUACUUUGCAAGAUCUUAUAGACUCUGUGGAUCGGGGAACGGAGAAAACCCUAACUGAACGCGAGAAAUACGUAUCCAAUCCCUUGAAUGCCUUUGGACUGAUGAGACGCACGCAUCAGGAUUGGCCCAAAUGGCACCACUACAUAAAUACGACUGUGGGAAGGGUCGAGCUCCAAGCACUGGAUGAUAUUCUGGGCAAGGCACCGGAUAGUCAGGAUAUGAAGGAGGCCCUGAUAGGUAUGAAUCGGAUAGAAAGGACCUAUGCUCUGGAAGCUAAAGACCUGGCCAAGGGUCGUCUGCUGGACAAGCAAUACGACAUUCAACUAUCCAUUCGGGACUGCCUGUCCCUUGGCCAGCACAAGUUCCAAGAAGGCGACUACUUCCGUGCUUCUAUGUGGUACCGAAUGGCAAUCAAACACCAGCCCGAACCGAAUGCUAAGGAAUUUAACACGAUUCUGGGGGAUCCACUCAAGGACUUGAAGCAGAACUAUGCCAAAGCCACCAUUAUACAUGGACUAAGCGCAGGAAAUCUAUCUCUGAGCAUCCAAAAUGUUCUAGAUAUAACAGAGGCAACGAUACAAAAGGCUAGUCCAGCAGAUCUGGAGGCAUUUAUAGCGGAGUUGCUGAAUCAAACAGAUGAUGAUAUGGCGAGAGAAAUGUCUGCCUUUGAGCCUUCACCCACCCCCUACGAAAUCGGUUGUCGCGGACUCUUCCCAAAGCGCACGAAUCUCGUCUGUCGAUACAACUUCACUACGACACCAUUCCUGAGGCUGGCCCCGUUAAAAAUGGAGGAGGUGAACCACGAUCCUUAUAUCGUUAUGUACCACGAAGUUCUUUCGGACCGAGAAAUUGAGGAAAUGAAGGGGCGAUCUGGGCAGAUGAGUAAUGGCUGGGCAGACCAAAAGGAGGCGAAAAGUACAAAGAUCAGGGACAUCGUAUGUCGUCAUACCUGGUGGAGGGAACAGUCGGCCAUCAGGGAGCGCGUUAAUCGACGCAUAUCAGAUAUGACGAACUUCGAUUUCCCACCGCAGGAGGAUCUGCAGGUGGCCAAUUAUGGCCUGGGCACCCACUUCAAGCCCCACUACGACUACACUUCCGAUGGCUACGAGACCCCGGAUGUUCUAACCUUGGGCGAUCGAUUGGGCAGCAUUAUCUUCUAUGCUAGCGAUGUGCCGCAAGGUGGUGCCACCGUCUUUCCUCGCAGUCGUGUCUCGAUUUUCCCCCGAAAGGGUAGCAGCGUGUUCUGGUAUAAUUUGUACGACGAUGGCCGGAUAGAUACUCGUAGUCAGCAUUCGGUAUGCCCUGUAAUCGUAGGGGAUAGAUGGACUCUCACCAAAUGGCUGCAUAUUGUCCCUCAAAUGUUUGUCAUGCCUUGCAAACCGCGGAAGAACGAGAAAAAGUCCAUAAUAUAAUAUAAUACAAUGAAUAUUACACGUU